AUGCGGCUCCUAUUGGUUCUGAGCUGCGUCAUUGCGAUACACAGCGCAGCGUUGAACGGCACAGAAGAGAAGCCUGAAGUCAUAACUAUCAACGGGGCUCACUACGUCAAAGAAGUUCUGAAGACCGGGAUCGAACGACCCUACUCCUUGGCAAUAGACGCCGCUACCGACACGCUGUUCUUCAGCUACACGCUCAGCGACAGCGAGGAAGUCCUCAGAAGCGCGAAGAUCGAUCUGGAGAGUGGACAGUUCUCCGAUAUCGAAGGUCUUCAGUACGGCUUCACGCAAACUGUAGACCAGGAGCACCACGUGCCGUACAUCGGAACCUCCAAAGGCAUCUAUAAAUACGAUUACGGCAACAACAAUGCGACUCUAUACGCCGCGCCCGAGGCAGACAUCUGGGAGGUAUACUACAACGGCGUUCUGUUCUACUCCGACUUCCCGUCUCGGGAUCUGUACACGGUGAGGGACGGCGUCUCAGCCCGUUUCUCGGAGCUGAACGAGACGAGGAGGGGCGGUGGGUGCGCGGUUUUGUACAAGAGUCUGGACCUCGGCGAGGAGAUCAGGGCGAUCGCGGCGGACGCAGAAGGCAGGGUUCACGUCUGCUGCGAAGACGGCAUAUACAAAGUGGACAAGGCCAGAGCCGCCCUCGAAAGGGUCUUCUUCGUGGAUGACGCUUACGGGCUGGCGUUUGACAGACGUAACUGGAUCGUUUACGCGGACGCGAAAUCUCUCGCAUACCUCAAGCCAAAACAACUG